AUGACAGAGCGCAUUAUAGUUGCCGUGCGAGUUCGUCCAUUUCUGCCGCACGAAAAUGAAGCCAGGUGCCUGGAGGUGUCGGAGAAUCAAGUCGCCGUUGGCGCCGGACACCCCUUCGUCUUCGACCGAGUCUUCGAUGAAACGGCCUCGUCCGACGACAUCUACGUUGCACUUGGACAGCCGCUAGCAGACUCCUUUCUAACUGGCUUUCACGCGUCCACGAUUGCGUAUGGGCAGACCGGCUCUGGCAAGACGUUCACCAUGGCCGCGCUGCUCCACGACACCGUGCAGGAAGUCUUUUGCCGCCUCACAGAGGAUUCGGAGGCAACGCUAAGCACCGGGCGCUCCAGCUCCGCUCUCACCAGUUUAAGCGCUACGCUACGCACGAGCCCGGCCUUCACCAUGUCACUCAGCGUCCUGGAGGUGUACAAUGAGUCCAUCGGCGACCUGCUUGCCGAGCUGGUGUCGCAGCCCCCGAGACAACACACGGCAACGGUGUUGAACGGCACCGUCCCGCAAGCCGUAGAUGCUCCAAGACGGCCGUCUGCGCAGGGCUGCGGCCCACUUCAAAAUCGAAGGUUGUUGCAGAGACGCGCCUAUGGGCCGACUAGCCCGUUCCCUCGAAACUCUCUCGCCCUACGCGAGGAUCCACAUGGAGGCGUGUAUGUGGUGGGUCUCACAGAGGCGCAGGUGCGCAGUGAGGCAGAGAUGCUCGCGCUGAUCGACAGCGCCAUCGAGAAUCGAAAGACGGCCUCGACACUAAAGAAUUCCAAAAGCUCGCGCUCGCACUGCGUCAUCACGCUCACGUUGCAGCGACGCGGUUUGUGCUCGCGCUGCUGCUUUGUUGAUUUAGCCGGGUUUGAGCGCCUGAAGUCUCGCGGAGAGGCCGUUCCGUCCGGCGGACCUGGUGACCCGGCAAGUCUCGUCGGGGCGAGUCUGCCGUCAUGCCGUACCCUUUCCGAGCGCAUGCGAGAAUGCAUCAACAUCAAUAGUGGGCUGCUGGCUCUGGGCAACGUCAUUGUGGCGCUGUGCGAGCGAAAGCCGUACGUGCCGUACCGCUCCUCCAAGCUUACGCGCCUGCUGCAGCCGAUGCUCAGUGGAAACGCCCGCACGGCGAUUGUCGCCUGCAUCUCUCAGCUUGCGUCGUCGAUGGAGGAGACGCUGAACACGCUCAAGUACGCUGACCGCGCGAAGCGCAUUCAUAUCCACCCUCACUUGGCCGUUGCGGAAGUGACGACGUCGGCGGAUGCCCGGCAAACGAUUCUGCUGCUGCAGGAACAGCUAGAGGACGCGCAGCGCCGCUUAGCGAUCGCCGUUCCCGCUGGCGCAGGCACGCGGAAACCCGCUCGAUCGCCUUCGGCAUCCCUCGUGCAAGAGGUGAAGCACCUACGUGAGCUCUUGCGCCAGGAGCGCCAGUUGACGAAGCGGCUUGAGAACGACGUGCUCAAUGCUGAGUGCGCCACCAUGGUCGAAGUGGAGAAGCGCAAGGCUCUGGAGGUGCGAGUUGCGCAGCUCAAGGCAGCGAGCGCUGCUGACCCGAAGGCGGAAGGGGCAGGGUGCACCGAGGUCAGCGCUGACGGUGACACGGGGAAAUCGGCCAGCUCUUUGCUGAACCCCCGCAGUUGCCUCGCGGUAGACAUGACGCGUCUCCAGCAGCUGGAGGAAGAGCGGGAGGCACUAGCGGCGCUGCCGGCUCAGAAGGCGCGAGACACAGUUCAGCUCGAGGCAGCCCUUGUGGAGAAUGGGAACUGCGUUGCUGACAACCUCGCUGCCACCUUGACCGUUAAUGCGGACGACGACUCUAACGUGGUGACCCUCGCAGAGGAUAUUGUUGCCCAGAAAGAUCGAGUUGCACAGCUGCAGAUGGAAAACGGCGACGUCUCUGCGCAACUCGUGCAGCGCGAGAAGCUGCGGCGCACCCUCAGUAACCACGCGCACCCGCGUGGAGAACUACGCAAGACGGAGGUCAAGCUGGGGAAGUCCGAGGUGGCGCUUAAGCAGAGAAAGCAGGUAAAGGAGAAGUUGCGCACCGCCUCUGGGGAUCGCCUCCGCCGCGCUAGGGAGAAGUCUGUGGACUACCGCGGCCGCGUCAAGGGGUCGACGCAGCACGUGCGUGUGCGCCAGGUGGAUCUUGAAAGCACCCGCCAGCUGCAUGAGAAGUUGGUGGUGCUGCAGGAGGAGGUGUUCCGGCAGCGGCUGUGUGCGCGCACAACUCGGAAGGCGUCUUGGAAGCUCAAUGAUGCCCAUCAGCAAGAGGUGGAGCAGUUUCAAAAGCAGCUGCAGCUGAUGGCCAUACAGACGACGUCCCCGAAUCAACGCACGAACCGCAGAGGUGCUGGCAUUGUGAAGGAGCGCGGACAGCUGGCGGGGCAGCAGGUGCAGGCGCAGAGGCCUCAGCAAGAGGUGCCUUCGCCCGGGCGUCUUUGCCACCUGCCACCUGAGAAGACGCUGUCUUCGAUGCCGUUCUCCCCCUCCGCCAAAGCCAGUCCCCCAUCGCCUGCGCUCGGCAAAACCUCGCCGCACAUCAUCAAGGUUCACAAGAACUCCCACGCGUCAUCGUCUUGGCCGGGUUUUCAUCCACAUGGGCUUCACAGUAGCAUCGACGGUGCCCUGCAGAGCUCACGCGACGCGACGCAGACGACCAUCAACUGCGAGCUGCAAGACUUAGAGCGAAUACAGAAGGAGUUGGUCGAGCUGCUAGUGUAUCGCCGUGCCCUGCUGACCGCGCCAGCCGCUGAUGCAUCCAAGUGGCACCGCGCUAAGGAUGGCUUUGCGCGGCGACUCUCACAGGUUCAAGCUGCACUUCAGUCUACCGAGCCGGGCCAGCGCGAGCACACAGCUCUUCUCAAGGAGAAAAACAACGUGAAGGAGCAACUUCGACAGCUGCAAGCGUUCCGCCACAUGUUUGCCGACCCCGCUCAGCAACUGGCUGAGCUCGACAACCGUAUCGAGGACCUGAACAGGGCGCACAGGCUCCACACGCAGCGCUUUUGUCAACUGCAGCGCGCGGUGCCGAAGCCACGCGGAAACGGUGGAGUGGUGGCGGCGAGGGAGAAGCAUCAGCCGUCUGUGCGCCACAUGCGCACGGCGUCUGCAAGGUACGCCGCUGCCGGCACGUUAGCCCUCCACACAGCGGUGGAAUCGUCGCAAGGAAGCAACGGAAACAUGCGGGAAUAUGUGACGGGGUCCAAGCAGUAG